CUCUAAGGCCAAUCAAAUGCCGACGCUUUGGUUGGUUGCUGGUUGGGACUGUUUUGAUGCGGUUGGCAGAAAUGUUAAGACGGGACAUUAUAAACUAUAAAUAAUUCGACGUGUGUUUUUGUGAAUAGUUCGUCUCUUUCUGUCCGGGUGUGUAAACAACAAGUCCGCAGUAGUUUUCUUGCAUUUUUUUAGACCGACUCCUAUGCUACUUUUUUUUUUUUUAGCUCUAGCCACCAGCUGGCAUGGCGUGAAUUCAACAAACUCACGGAGUCAAUGCCAAGAAUGCGUCGAGCUAACUGGCUGUGAUAUUUGAAUGUGUUCCUCUGGUUAUAAUUAGCUAUGGACUUUAUGUUGUUUAGCCCGCAUGAUUUCCUGUCGUUUUCUUCUGGACCGUACAGAUAAGCUACUACAUUGAGGGCUUCCUCUGAAUCGUCGUUGCAGGCCAGGACGGGCCGAAAUGGAUGCCCCAAUCCCAGCUACCCACACAGACUUCUAACGCUGACAGCAACAACUUCAGGCCACACACACACACACAUACACAAGAACCCCUAUCCGUGGCUUUCUUUAUUUUCUAUGACACACCAAAUUUAUGCCCAGCUAGAUUCGGUGGAAUCGCUCCUGGACGAACUCCCAUAUAUGUUUUAUUUGGGCCUGUUCUUUGUCAACGUCCUGAUCCUCUAUUAUGCCUUCCUGAUGGAGUACAUCGUCCUGAAUGUGGGGAUAGUAUUCCUGCCUGAGGAUAUGGACCAGGCACUGGUGGACCUCGGGGUGCUGUCCGACCCGGCCUCUGUUCCCUAUGACACGGACACGGAGCUGGAUGUGUUUGAGGGAUAUCUGGAGUGACAAGGCGGUCCUGGAAAGAAAAAACGGAAUAAUCAGAUUUUGAUAAUGAUGUUGCUGGGAUCAAGAGGUCAGGCUGGUGCUCCCAGGUCAGCAGUUUGUUGGGAAAAUGCCUCAAAGUGGAUGCUUCUUAAGCUUUUUGUUCAGAGAGGCACAUCAGGCAAAAAGUUGUCUCGACUUAAAGGCAGGUAGCCUGAGGAUUCAUCACUUGCAGACUUAUGAUCUGUGACUGUUUGAUGGAAAGAGCACUUUGGGAAGGUGUGUUCCCAGCAGAAUAUCAAGCAAUCACAAGAGGUUAGCGCUGGCCUCUGCUACCCUCGCUUUGGAUACAACGAAAAUGGAAGCACAGCAUGGUGCAGGAGAACGGAGAGAGACGGCUGUUCCCUUUGGAAGAAAAAUUAAUGUUGCCAGGGAUGUGGAUCUAUCCAGGAACUGGAAGUUCACUCUAAAAGCAAAAUGUGUUUGAAACUUGCCGCAUCAGCCACGGUGUGAUGUCCUACAAUGUGACAUAUGGCAGUAGAACUGGUGAAGUGCAGGAAAACAAUGUCCAAUAAGCAUGAUGAAUACUUAAUCACUCACAGAACAACUUAAGUCACCGUUUUAUCCUCUAAUACAGAAUCCAAUUCUCUCUUAAGAACAUCCUCGCGGAGAUUUGGGUCCACUAACAUCACCCUUACUCUCAGAAGCACAGCUAAGAAUUAUGGAAGCACUGGUGAAGCAUAACACUGUCUCUGAACUGAGGCGGGGAAGAUGUAGGACAUAAAAGUGCCGUAAACUUUUUAAUAUUGUCACUACGCCAUUCACCACAAGUCAGAGUAUUAAAGUGUCGAGAAAGAGGUAUUUCUUUAGUGCUGUACCCCUUUGUUUGUCAGUAAUUAGGCGGAGUGGUGACCACUGUGAUCACAGCUGGCCAAACCUGUCAAAUGUCUGAAAAGGAGCCUCUAAAGAAAGGCUUCAUUCUUUUCUUU